CCAUCGCACCCAACACAACCGCCCGCUCUCCCCACACAUCACAAUGUCUACACGGAAGAGGAAGCAAGAAGCUGAGGAGGAGGAAGAGCUCCAGGCUCUUCCGUCCGACGAGAGUGACGAGGAAGAAGAGUGAGUGCCUUUCAGCUCCUGACGUCAUCCCACGAUGCGCCGACAUGGCGCUGCGAUACGCGACCGCGUCAAUUGUGGUCGCAUUACCAAGAAACCCGUCUAUGUGCUAUCGGAAGCUGUUGGAGAUGUAAUACCGUGAUUUUAAGGCUGCUCAGGAGGUCGUCUUACCCUCAGCGCACCAUAGCAGCCUCCCCAACGCCAUCUUACAAUGUUCGACCUUUUCAUAACCCUGUGCUGCGCUUUUGUGUCCAAAUUGACCGAUCGUUCGUUUUUAUUCCUUUGCCUUGUGUGGUCUUCAUGACUUGCGCGUCUUAUUGCGGCAAGGCUGACCCGUUGCGCCGCGAUAGAUAUGAGACCGAGGGAUCCGAGGUUUCUUUCGACGAUGAGGAUGACUCCGAAGCAGAAGAGGCUCCAGCUCCCAAAGCCAAGAAGAGAAAGGUCACCAAAGACAACGAAGAAUCCGAGGAGGAGCCCGAAGCCGUUUCCUCGGAGGACGAUGAUGAAGACGAGGAAGACGCGAAGAAGGCCCCGAAGAAGAAGGCUCCUGCACCCACGACUAAACCAGCGAAGGCUGCCGCUGCCGUUGCCGCUCCAGCGGAGCCUGUGCCCGUCGUUGAGGACGAUGAUGAUGACGAGGAUUAGAACAAGUCGCUUGUUCGAGCUCGUUCCGUAGUAUGAAAGGCGGUUGUUGGGCUCAGCGACUAAAAGUUGCGAACACUUAGGAUCUGUUUGGAUACUUGUACAAAUUCGUGCGCCAAUCAUGUAUCCAACUCGCAAAUAUUGCAUGCGCAAUAAAUGAAGCCAUUGUAAAGUCUUCUGUUGAGGUCAAUCACGAUGGUUUUGACGAUAUACAUUCCUUGGGUACGCCCACUCACCUUUAGGGUGUCUCAUGAUGCCUUAUUCUUGCGGUCCAUGUCAGCAUCUCACUCCUGCUUCAUUCGAAUUGGAUGAGAUUUUGACGCUUAUAAACACACCAGUCUCUCUUUAGAAAUCAGCACUUAGCAGAUCUUGGACUGUAGACAGCAGAAUCUAGUCAUUGGCAAGACAGCUUCGAAUGCACGAAU